CGAGAGAAGAAGAAACGGGAAUUACAAAUGGCAGCGUUCAUGAGAGGCGUGACUUGUUUAGUCUCCGCGGAGACACAUGUGUUUUUAACAAAGAGGACUGACAUAAUUGUGGAGUCUAUACGGUAUGUUCGUGGAUUGAGGAGGAAACCUGUCAGGGUGUUGUUUCCAGAGAACGAGGCGGGUAAAGUAGUGAGGGCCUCUCCAGAGAAGACUCCAGUCACUCCUGCAGCAGAUCUGCAGGGAAGAGACUCCCAGCCCACUGGAACACAUGCCCAGGGUCAUGGAAGGGAUCAAGUGGAUGGACUGCGCUUUGAGAGGGCUUUUGCUGGAGAUAAGAGACUGGCGAGGUUAGUGAGCGUAGCUCGGUCCAGGACGUUUCGGGAGCACCAGGGGAAAAUCCUCCUGGAGGGCAGGCGUCUGAUCUGCGACGCCCUGGAUGCCGGUGCCAGCCCACAGAUUGUGUUCUUCAGCACCGUGGAUCGGCUCAGGGAGCUACCCUUAGACAAGCUGAGAAGAGCCACACUGGUGAAAGUCAAGUUUGAAGACAUCAAGAUCUGGUCUGACCUUGUGGCCCCACAAGGAGUGAUUGCCAUAUUUUCUCGCCCGGACCCGUCACGGCUAAAAUUUGCAAACAGAGGUCAGUCCGUGCCGUUGUCCCUGAUCUGCGACAACAUUCGCGACCCUGGUAAUCUAGGGACAAUGGUGCGAUGUGCUGCUGCUGCUGGCUGCAGUAACGUCCUCCUCACCAAAGGUUGUGUUGAUGUUUGGGAGCCUAAAGUUCUGCGUGCAGCAAUGGGUGCACAUUUCCGACUUCCCAUUUAUCCCAGCCUGGACUGGGACGAUGUUGAGAAGCAUCUCCCACAGCAAGUUAUUGUCCAUGUGGCAGAGAGCAGAGGAGAAACUGAACAUCAUGCGUCUCCUGAACUCUCCAAAGCAGGAGAAUACGGUUGGGUCAGCUCAAGGCCCAAUCGCAAAAAAGUACGGUACGAAGAAUACGAUUCUUCCUCAGAUUCAGAGUCUGAAGAUGAGGGAUUUUCACAUCCUGAAGUGGAUACAAAACUGUACCAUGACACCUGGGCUCAGAGUCCGUCUGCUCUCGUGAUCGGCGGCGAGACACAGGGUCUGAGUUUAGAAGCAGUUCAGUUGGCAGGGAAAACUGAUGGUAACAGACUCUUUAUUCCCAUUGUUCCUGAUGUGGACAGUUUGAAUUCAGCCAUGGCAGCCAGCAUUCUUUUGUUUGAGGGCAGGAGGCAGCUGUUGAAACUACUGCAGACGUCUGGAAAGAAAAGGCAACCGAAAGCUGAGAGGCAGUCUUCGUGAUGCCCUCUGUAGAUGUCAGGCAUAAUAAAACGUCCAUCUAUCUAGCUGUCAUCUGUUCUGCUAUUAAUCUGGGAUUUAGUGUCUCAAUUGUGAGAUUUAUGCUGUCUACAUGUACUUCUUUCCUUGUUUUAUGAAAUUAAACAGACAAUCUUGUAUCUCAGAAGCUGAAACUGUAGUGUCUUGCAGUUUCUGAAUGCAUUAAUUUGUCAGUUGACCAACUGGACGGAAUCUUUUUUUUUUCUGGUUCUGUAGGACAGAAAACAUCAAUGAGCAAAUUAGACAAGAUUAGAAUCAUUUGAGAAAAUGAAUGUAAGCAGCCCCAGUCCCUGUCCACUUGCUGUGAAUUUUAGUUAUUGGAAAGGUAACAAGCAAUCUAAUAACCCCAGUGGUAAAUAACUAGUUACUAUGGCAACCUAAUGAAUGAAAAGGCUGCCUUUAGUGACCAGCUCUAAAACUGCAUGACAAAUUUAUCACACAAAUGUUUUCUUCUUUUUGAUGCAAACGAAAAUACAAUCAUAACAAAACACCUUCUUUGGAAAGUUACAGAAAUAAAGUUGCACAUGUGAAGAAAUUAGGAAAAACAUUUGACUUUGUUUUUUAAAGAUACAAAUAUAAAACAAAGCCCUUUUCCCACAGAAUUUAUGGUAAAGACAGACUUAAUGGUUAAGUCACCUUUUUAUUUUCUCAUUUUGAAACCUGAAGGUUGCUUUAGCCAUCGCAUAGUGGUUUUUGAGAUC